CGGGCACGUGCACGUGCACGUGCACGUGCCCUGUCCCCUUUCUCGCUUCAACGUCAACAUCUGACACUGGAACUCAUCCAGUGCUGGUGUCUUCAUGGACAAAAAAGAAGGCAAGAUUGACUGGAUGGCACAGCUUCGGGGUGCCUUACUUGUGGUCUGACCUCCAAGGAUAUCGAAGAUGCUGAGAGCUUCGAUAUUCAGACUCUGGCUUUUCUAUUGGGGCUUUGGCUAUGGGCCAAUGCUCCUCCCCUGCAGCAAGUGCGACUGAGCGGAGAAGUGGCCUUGCGAGGAUAUGCUGCCAGCCAAUUCUUGUCUUGGAAACUAAUCCGUUUUUUCGUCCCUUUCUCUAUGCCUAUUAUGACUUAAUAAUUCUUCACACUCGUUGUCACCCCCGACACGCCUUCUCUUUUCUCGUUUACUCUUUGCCUGGGGAUAGGAUAGUACCAAUGCCAUGCCUAGUACCCUGGCAGCGGACGGUGAGCGCCAAACUCACCAAAUACUUCAAGAAAGAGGAACUGUGUCCUAUUUGGGCCUGGUUUGGCGAGACUAUGCUUCAAUUGCGGUCGUUGCUGCUUCUAGCCUCUGGGUUUACCUUCUUCCAAUGUACCUCCUCGACCAUCGUGUUAUCCCGGUGUCGAGAAUGAAUCCACAAAGCAAUAUGGAAGACUAUAGAACCGCCUACAAAGGACCGCUGGAGCUGAGCUAUCCUUGGAUUCGGGAACCCAUUCCCACAUGGGCUUGCGGUGUCGUUGUCGUCUUGGUUCCUCUGCUUGUUAUUACUCUGUUCCAACUCAAGCUUCGAAGUCUCUGGGAUUUCCAUGCUGGAUUUAUGGGGACUCUCAAAGCAACGGUCUCAUCGACAAUGAUUGCCACCAUUUUCAAACACUUCAUUGGAGGCUUCCGACCGCAUUACAUGCAAGUAUGCAAACCGGAUAUUGCCAUGAUGUUAGGAGGUGUCAACCAACUGCAGAGCUUUUUCAACUCUUCGGCUUGUACAGCAAAUUCCCACGAUGUCAACAGAGCCAUCCAAGGCUUCCCAAGCGGCCAUACCACCAGCGCUUUUGCUGGAGCCAUGUUCCUUACUCUAUACCUCAACGCGAAGUUGAAAGCAUUCGCAGAUCAUGCCUCGGAGUUCUGGGUAUUCAUUGUCACAAUAAUGCCAUUACUUCUCGCGUCUCUGAUCGGAGGGUCCAUGUACAUUUCCUACCAGCACCAUGCUUACGAAGUUGUCUUUGGUGCGGUAAUUGGAAUCGUUGUGGGUGCUCUUGGAUAUCGUUCGUCAUACGCAGCAGUUUUCGACUUUCGAUAUAACCACAUUCCCCUUCCGCCUUUUGGCGCAAGAGUCCGUUUCGAGUAUGACAUAGAUACACCAUCAUUCAAAUCUGCCAGCGCUGCAGGCGGAGAUAUUUCGGAGGAGAGACAUCCCGUAAUGUGGAGUUGGUGGGCCAAAUCUGGGAUCCGGGAGCAAGAAAGAGCACUUUCGUGGCAGAAGAUUAUGGGCUGUACGCGGAAAAGCGGACUGGAUUGUAUGACAUCAAAAUUGCGAAUAGUGGAGGUGAACAGGAAUAAAUCCGCAGACUAGAAGAACAAGUCGUCCAAGAUUGCACAAUAAAUGAGUACGGCUGGAAACAAUUUCCUUUUUUGGGGGGGCCGGG